ACUAAAAAAAAAUGUUUUGCCUUUAGAUAUGUUAGUGAUAAUGUAUAUAAAUAUUUGAAGCCUAAAUAUUGUAUUAAUUAUUUUUUAUCAUUGUAUUAUGCAGGGCCCUCAAAGAAAGUGCUUCACUUUGAAAUUUCCAAAGAAGGCAGUGAUUUAUUGAUAAUUCGAGAUGCAGAACUUUGGCUAUUUUUGAAACUGUCUAAAGCCAACCGAAGCCGGGCUAGAUUAACAAUACGUCUCUACCAGCAGCAGAGGGUUCAGAAGGAACACAGAGGAACCGAGUCAAGUAAAAAUGAAGUUCUGAUUGCUGAGAAAGUGGUGGACACAAAGAAAAGUGGCUGGCACACAUUCCCUAUAUCUGGGAGCAUCCAACGUUUACUGAAUCAUGGCAAGUCAUCUAUGGACAUUCGAGUGGUUUGUGAUCAGUGCCAAGAGUCAGGGGCAACGCCUGUCCUUCUCGAAGAAAAAGAACAGUCACAUAGGCCCUUCCUAAUGAUUGUUGCUCAGCAGACAGAUGAGCACCCACACAGAAGAAGGAAACGUGGCCUAGAAUGUGAUGGUAAAGUAAGCAAUUGCUGCAAAAAGCAAUUUUAUGUUAGUUUCAAAGAUAUAGGAUGGAGUGACUGGAUCAUAGCCCCGGGUGGCUACCAUGCCAACUACUGUGAGGGAGACUGCCCUAACCACAUUGCUGGGACUUCUGGUGCCUCCCUUUCAUUUCAUUCCACAGUAAUCCACCAGUAUCGAAUUAAAGGCCACAGCCCCUUCAACAACAUUAAAUCCUGCUGUGUUCCAUCUAAGUUGAGAGCUAUGUCCAUGCUCUAUUAUGACGAUGGACAAAAUAUAAUUAAGAAGGAUAUCCAGAACAUGAUUGUGGAAGAGUGCGGUUGCUCGUAA